AUGGCUCAUAGGGCUCUAUUUCAGGUUAUUUUUACUGGAGCUCAAGUUUUUGGAAGAGCUUUUACUGAAGCUUACAAGCAAGCAGCAGUUCAAGCAAGUAAGCCCGGGGCCAACGCGGCAAGAACAGGUGCAGCCAAAGCCGAAUACGGCGGAAUUACGCUUGAUGAGAGUUGUAAGAUUUUGAAUAUCGAGAACGAGGCAGACAGAUCGAAUUCAGAAAAGAUCGAAGAGAGAUUCAAGUACUUGUUUGAUGUUAACGACAAGGAAAAAGGUGGUAGUUUCUAUUUGCAAAGCAAGAUAUACAGGGCUGCGGAAAGACUGAAAUAUGAGCUUGCAGAGCAGGCAAAACAGAAUGGCGACGGUAAACCAGCGCAGGACAGUUCAGAAAAGCCUCCGUCGGGAGGCUCAUGA